AUGAGCCAUUUGGCACGAGCGCGAGCUCGUCGGACACCCUCUUUUGGCGGUUCUCAAGCUGUAGGAGGUACUAGCUACACCACCUCUCGUAUUGUGACUCCUGCAGUGGAACUUUCGGAGGACCAGCGCCAGGAAAUCCGGGAGGCAUUUGACUUGUUUGAUACAGACAAAGAUGGGGCUAUUGACUAUCAUGAACUGAAGGUAGCCAUGCGUGCUCUUGGCUUUGACUUGAAGAAGUCAGAAGUACUCGAUAUCUUGCGGGACAACGACUCGACUGGAGCUGGUCUGAUGGAAUGGCCAGCGUUCAACCGAAUUAUGACGGAAAAAAUCGCAGCAAGAGAUCCAAGAGAAGAAAUCCUGCGUGCUUUUGCUCUUUUUGACGAAGAUAACACUGGCAAGAUUAGCUUGCGAAACUUGAAGCGAGUAGCCAAAGAGCUGGGUGAGAACCUCGAUGAGGAAGAGCUUCAAGCUAUGAUCGAUGAAUUUGAUUUGGACCAGGAUGGCGAAAUCAGCGAACAAGAGUUCAUGCAGAUCAUGAUGGAUGAGCCAUAA